AUACGAAAAUUCCGAGCGCAGUAAUUCCAUGUAAAACCGCCCGUAAAACCGCAUGCAGAAGAGACGCUGCCGGUAGUAGUGGGAGUCAGAAGACUAUGCGAUCGUGACCCGCGAGCGAGCGAGCGAAGAAACGUUCGCGCUAGCGAUGAAACGAGGGAGUAAAGGUACGACAGCGUAGUAGAGGGGGCGAGCAGACAGCAGACAGGCAGGCAGGCAGGCAAGAAAGCAAGCAAGCAACCCAAGGAAGCGAACCCGCGCGAGGAACGAGCGAGCGAGCGAGUGAGUGUGUUGCAGCCAGAAAGGCAGCCUCCGCCAGUAUCCACGUGUUCAGUGUAGUAGCGCGUUAUGACCCGGAUGUUAGAUUGCAGCUGCAGUUUCGCGCGAACCUGCCGACCCGGAUGUCCCGUUCGACGUCGUCCAGCUAUCGGCUACUAAUGUCCCCCUGGUCACCGAAAUAUGUUCAAUCGAUGCGAGCAAAUCAACGAAAGGUGCGAGCAAAUUGCGAAGGGACCUGAUAAACGCGGAAAUUGCGAAUCUACGUGAUCUCCUGCCACUUCCACCCUCGACACGACAGAGACUUUCCCAAUUGCAGCUUAUGGCACUGGUUUGCGUAUUUCUGCGAAAGGCUAAUUACUUUCAGCAAGCUUUGAAAACCAGCCCAUCCGACUCCACGAACAUUCCAACGCCCAAUAUAGGAUUCUCCAAAGCUAUGUCUGUGUUCAUCAUGAUGAUGACUCAACAAGGGAAGUUACUGUAUAUAUCAGAAAAUGCUGCCGAGUACCUAGGACAUUCUAUGGAGGAUCUUCUGAUCCACGGUGACAGUGUCUAUGACGUUAUAGACAAACAGGAUCAUAUGGUGGUGCAAAAUCAACUUGCCAGGAACACCCCUGCUCCAAAUGACAGAAGAUUGUUUCUCUGUAGGAUUAAUGUGUCCAGAAAUUCACGUAGACAACUUCGCUUUGGAGACCAAAAGGUCGUUCUGGUGGAGGGUCACUACUUACCGUUCGUUCCUCUUUGUAAUCGCAACGAAUCCGUUUUCCUGGCCUCGUGCACGCCUGUCGUCCUGCCAGAAACUCGAGAAAGCGUUGUACAGGGUGCUACAAAUAUCUUCACAACUAUACAUUCCAUGGACAUGAAAUAUCUUCAUAUUGACAAAACCGCGGAAAGUCACAUAGAGUACACGCGUGCUGAACUCGUUGGCGUCUCCUGGUACAACCUACUUCACUGGGAUUGCAUACGAACUGCAUACUGCAAACACCAAAUUGUUAUACAGUCCGAUCAAGAACGUUCUAGUACAGCAUUAUUGAGGCUACAGAGUCGAUCAGGUAGAUGGUUCUGGGUACACUGUGUCCUUCAAGUAAAGGACACGUCUGAAGAGUGUCAGCAUCCUAUUAUUGUGUGUACCAAUCAGGUUCUCAGCGAUAAGGAAGCUGAAGUGAUGAGAUCAAGUUCCUGGCUGUAUCAGUAUUCUUCUCAAACCAAGUUCACUUAUGGAAUUCCACCAGAACAGAAUCACAGUGUUACGUAUGGUCACCAUGAUUACAUGAGAGGUGGUUUACACCCCCACGAGACAGAAUCCUCACCGUCGUACAGUAUGGAUGAAAGUCACUGCAGCAAACCUGAGGGUGACUAUCCCCUGCAGAAGAGCAGAUUACCCCACGAGGAUGCUGAACCAGUAGACAUGUCCAUAAACAGUUCGGAUCACGAGACCCGGACCUUGCAGACAUUAACGCACAACUUGAACUUCACAGCUAAGCAGCACAAGUCUAAGGGUUACCUGCACGGAAGUUACCGAGGCAAGUUAAGUCAAUUUCCGGUCCAGUACUCGGGCGAAUCACCCAAGUACAACAUCACCGACCUGGACAAGAGCUACGCAGAAGGUUGUGCUGAUAGGAUCUUCACCCAGAAGAGGCUUAUAGGGAAGGGAUCAUCCUUGAUGGAACCCACGGAUUCCGUUGAGCAAUGGAACUGCAGUCCAGUCUGGUCAGACACGUUGCAGAGGGUGCCGGAUGUCGUCCAACAGGAUUUGAGUCCUUAUAUCACAACACCAACUACACCGGCCGAUACUCCAGACUCGGAAUUGCAUUCCGAGGCUCCCGUUUUCAAUUUUGACUGGGCUGCUGAGCAGCACGUGCCUAACUUGAAGAUCAGCUUCCGCAAUACCAGCCACGACCCUCGCAAGGCUCAAGACGUACAGCCCAUCACCUUGCAAUUGCCUAGAAGGAAAAAUCACGCCGAGUCCUCUAAGGAUUUUACAAAAUAAGCAUGAGUCCGUAGGUAGGGAAAUAUUUAGUUAGCCAGAUAGAUAGGCUGAUAUGGUCAUGCACAGUCUUUAAGACGGUACAGACCAAGAUUCCUUCGACUAGUUACACAGACCCGAAGUAUUAAUUGUACUUAAAUUACAUAAGAUUCGAUACGAAUUCAAAAUUGUAUUUGAAAACUUUCUAAGAGACAAAUAUUGACGGAACAAAGGGAAAAAACGAUUUAAAAGAUUCUUCGACGAAACCCACCCACGAACGAUCCUCUUCUUGAUUUACGUGGGAGCUUUAAGAGAGGUGAAACAAAACGAGGCACAUGAUGUCACUUUCCAUGGCUCACCAAUAUCUUUUAUUAUCGUCAUCGUCGUAACUUGCAGUAAUUACAGUAGAGUAAAAAACGG